GUAGAAAAAAAAUUAAACUGAUAAAAUGAAACUAAGGAAGGAGUUAUUGUUACUCUUAUUGGUUAUGUCUGUGGCAUCCGAGCCAGAAGUUCCCAAAAAACAAUCAGAAACUUCUGACGAAGAAGCAGAGGAAGAUGUUAGUUUGGAAGAUGCAUUUAAAAAUCUGCGCGAAUUAAAGGCUUUCCAUGAUACUAUUCGAAGGAUGGCAUCAUCGAACGAACCAUAUCUCAGUGAGAAGAUCACAAAAAGGAAAGAGGAAGUGGAUGGCGAGCUGAAAACUAAGGAAGAAGGUUCUGCAAUGAGAAAUGUUUGGAUGAAGACAAUGAUAGCACAGACCACGGAUAUAGAUUUACCAAAUAGUAAUUUAAGAUUGGAGGAAGAGGAUGCAGAGACAUGGAACGAGAUGGAGCAACUUGAAUCUUUGAGUGAAGAGAUACAGGAAAUACUUACACCGGAGCAACAAGAAGCGGAGCAAAUAUUUAGGAAAGCACAGCGUCUCUUGAAUGCAACGCGUUCUAAUAAAGCAGAAGCUUAUGGACUAUUAACAUCGGCGGCAAUUCUUGGUCAUCGUGAAGCCAGGUCAAUGUUGGCGUGGGCCCAGUUACUCGGGUUGCAAUUUGGUCCAAACUCUUUUUGGACAUCUAGUCAGGACAUUCCAGCCGCUUAUCAAACAUUUAAAGAACUUGCUGAAACUGGACUACCAUCUGCUCAUAUGGGCAUGGGAUUCUUAUACGCGACAGGGUUAGGUGGAGUGAAUGCCUCGCAAGCUAAGGCACUUCUACAUUAUACAAUCGCAGCGCUUGGCGGAGACACGCGUGCACAAAUGGCCCUUGGUUAUCGUCAUUGGGCUGGUGUCACAACACCGGCUUCUUGUGAAAGAGCUUUAGAUUUUUAUCGUAACGUCGCGAACAAGGUUGCAGAAGGGGUUUCGUUUAGUGGCGGACCAGUUAUUCAACGAGUCCGACUUCUGGAUGAACAGGAGAAUCCUGGAUAUAACUCGGGAAUUUUCGAUCAGGAUUUAAUAGAAUAUUACCAGUUGCUAGCGAAGAAUGGAGAUAUAGAGGCUCAAGUCGCAUUGGGACAGCUGCAUUAUCAGGGUGCCAGGGGUGUCCCAUUAGACCACGUCAGAGCUAUGCAUUAUUUUCAACACGCUGCUGAUGCUGGACAUUCGAUUGCAAUGGCUUAUUUGGGAAAGAUUUACUUAGAGGGUAGCGACAUGGUGGAACAGGAUAACAAAACAGCAUAUAAAUACUUCAAAAAGGCUGCUGAGCUUGGGAAUGCUGUUGGACAAAGUGGUUUAGGUCUUAUAUAUCUUUACGGUAGGGGGGUUGAAAGGGACACUGCGAAAGCUCUUCAGUAUUUCAAGCAAGCUGCGGAACAGGGGUGGGUUGACGGACAGCUUCAGCUUGGCAAUAUGUAUUUUAGUGGAACAGGGGUGAAGCCCGAUUACAAAUUAGCUAACAUGUACUUCAGUUUGGCUAGUCGAUCUGGCCAUAUUUUGGCGCUUUAUAACCUGGCCCAGAUGCACGCCACUGGCACUGGAAUGGCCCGCAGUUGUCCAGCAGCAGUUGAACUCUUGAAGAAAGUUGCCGAACGAGGCAAAUGGAGCGAUCAAUUGAUGGUUGCCCAUACGGAUUACAGGGAAGGUAGAAUCAACGAAGCUUUCGUGAACUACGCCCUCCUCGCAGAAAUGGGCUAUGAGGUCGCGCAGAGUAACGCCGCUUUUAUACUCGACAAAGGGGAGACUACAAUAUUGUCCGAAGAAGAAGGACUGGUUAGGGCGCUUUCUUUGUGGGCCAGGGCCGCUGCACAAGGAUACUCUGCCGCUCAGGUUAAGUUGGGCGACGCCCACUACUACGGCAGAGGAACAAAAGUUGAUUACGAAGCUGCAGCUAGUCACUAUAGAUCAGCUUCUGAGCAAGAAACGAAUGCACAGGCUAUGUUCAACCUUGGGUAUAUGCAUGAACGCGGUCUGGGAUUGUCGAGGGAUCGACAUUUGGCCAAACGGUGUUACGAUCUUGCAGCGGAGGCUAGUCCGGAUGCGAAGAUUCCGGUGGCCCUGGCGCUCGUGAAACUCUCCUUCCUGUUUGGUUUGGAAUAUCUACAGGAAUUCAGUCUUGUUGAUCAUCUGAAUAAAUGGGAUCAGCUGUUGGGCCAGAACUGGGACUUGUAUCUUAUAGGACUACUCACGGGCAUGCUCAGUUUAAUUAUUUACUUCCGCAGGCCGCAGCCACCACCUCCUCAUAGAAUUAAUUAGUUCUUUACUAUUUUCCUUUCCUCCUUUUUUUUCUUUUUUUUUUCUUUGAGUCCAUUCGCCUCUUUUAGAUGAAAGUCAAGUUUGUUACUGAUGGUUCGUAAAUACACGCACGUGCGUGCAUA